AGGAGUGCAGCCUUUGCGCCUGCGCAGCCGGUUGCCUGCGUCCAAAAAGCUGUAGUCCCAGCCUGCAGAGACCACAGCCAACCGGACGGCGGCUGCGUCCGCUACAACCACCGCCACUGCCAUCGUGGAGGAAGAUCAGGGGAAGGAUGUGGGUUUUUGGUUACGGAUCCCUCAUCUGGAAGGUGGACUUCCCCUAUCAGGACAAGCUGGUUGGAUAUAUCUCAGGCUACAGCAGACGCUUCUGGCAGGGCAGCACCGACCAUCGCGGGGUUCCUGGCAAGCCUGGAAGAGUUGUGACUCUUGUUGAAGAUCCUCGGGGUUGUGUAUGGGGUGUUGCUUACAAACUGCCAACAGGAAAGGAAGAAGAAGUAAAAGCAUACCUUGAUUUCAGAGAGAAAGGAGGGUACAGGACCACAACAGUUGAUUUUUAUCCCAAAGAUUCCACAACAAAGCCAUUCGCUGUGUUGCUAUAUAUUGGAACAUGUGAUAACCCUAAUUAUCUUGGUCCCGCACCUCUGGAAGAAAUUGCUGAACAAAUUUUUAAUGCAGUUGGUCCAAGUGGAAGAAAUAUAGAAUAUCUUUUUGAACUUGCAAACUCUAUUAGAAAACUUGUUCCAGAAGAUGCAGAUGAGCAUCUUUUCUCUUUGGAAAAAUUAGUAAAGGAACGUUUAGAAGGAAAACAGAACCUCAACUGCUUAAAAAGACCUAAUCAUUGACUUUUCCAAACAAGCAGAGUUUUAGUCUUCAGAAAACAGCUUAACAGUACAAUGGCAAUAUAAUUUGUAAAUGUGUUUAUCUGAAGAUCUUAUUUGUGUUUAAUGUUGUAGUCAAAUUAUCUUCAAAAUUUAUAGUUUAACUGCAAGUGGCUUGAAGCACAUAUUCAAAAUAUUGGGGUAUAGUUAAUGAAAAAAUUCAAGUUUCAAUAAUAUAACGAUUCUCCAAUUAUAUGAAAUUUAAUACUUGCUCAUGAGAAGUGAGUUCUUCGUUAAUAUAAUGAGAGUAUUUUGGAACCUGUUUUUAUCUGAAUAAAUGUAAUUCUGUUGUUUCAUAUCACAGUGCUAUUUUGAAGUUGUUGAGAAUUAAACCAAAAGUCCAGUAAAUAAGGUUAUACCUUCAAUAUCUUCCAUACAUUAACUCUGUAACCAUGGUUUAAAAUAUAAAAGCUUAAAAUAAUGUUUAAUUAGAAAUGUACAGUAAUGUAGACAAGAUUUCAGCCUUGAUUGUUAAUUUCCUUGUUUAGGUAUUAAAUGAGACCCUUUCCAAUUUAAGCCAAAAAACCCCCAGCAUUUUAAUAUAAAAAUUUCCUUGGAAUUAUAAUGUA